CUCGAGCGUGUCAAAGCUAGCGAACGGACAGUCGAGACGCGAUGGACGUGCCUGUCCCACAGAAUGGCGAAGAGGUCUCGAGUGACGGCCUGACCGACUUCAGGCUCGUCCUGCCUGCCAAAUAUCGCGAAGAGCAUGAGACGGGACGAUGGGUGUACCGAGGCACAAAGAUGCCCGAUCACUUCGAUGUCACGUUCAACGACAGGCAGAGACGAUUGUACAUCUGUGAAGCCGGCGUGUGCCAUGCUAUGUAUGACUCGACAGCAACUCGACUGCGCUGCAAGAAAGCCAAUCACGUCCCCGCCAACAAACGCACUCGUCGGAGGAUAACAAUGUUACAAGCCAAGGGUCUCAUGCCGUCUCCUCAGCCAGUAGACUGGCCCGACAGACUGUUUGACUGUCCGACGCUGGAGGAGCUAGAGAACAAGCCGAGGAAGAAAGUCGCGCACAACAAGAUUGUCUGGCCAGGCAGGAUCGCGUCGGAUGAGCUUGUCUCUGCUCAGUCACUGCCUAGCACGAGCGCCGUGCCCUUCGAGUCGCAUCAGCUCACAUCAGCAAGGCCAGAGAUCAACUUCACAGAGCUCAACAACGACGAUGACCCCGUGCUCGUCAGGGUUUCGUCCAGUGCCACCAGCGCGCCGGCCACUGGUCCCGCUGUCAGAAUGCUCACAAGAGGCAACAAACGACCUCGCGGAGAACCUGCUGCACUGCCCGGACAGUCGUACCGCAAACGAAAGAUUGUGGGACCCCAUGGCGAUCUCGAGGCUGCCAAUGCGCUAUUGCAGCUCCACGGUCGAGCUGGUCAGGCUGACGAUGACAACAUCGAUCCUGCUCUGGUCGACGUCGACGUUCUCGACGCUGUUGAACCACAGGAGCCUCUGUUCGGCAUCUAGCUGGGCUGUCUGCAGUGUGUUAGUACAAUCAGAGUGUUGUCUUGUACCGAUGCCGGUAGCGAGAGUAGGCAGUGCUUUCUGAAGUUCAGUAGCUAUACUCAUUAGAGGUCAUAUAUGAUGCAUUGCAUUGGUCUGAUUAGCAAGUGUCACAUCGCAAGCUGUCAGCGUCGCCACACCGGGAGGUGUUGGCUCUGCAUCGACUCGUGAUCAGGAUCAAGCCCGUCGCUAUCUUUGACCAUAGAUUGCUGCGCUUUGUCGGUAUAAAUCUGUCCUAAUCAGGGCCAACUCGCUUCAGACGAGCCUAUCUCUCUCUUGCUU